UCUCCUACAGUUUACUAUCGCUUCUGAGGAUAUUAUCAUUCCGGGUGUCGAGGUAGCUGUUACAUCUAUCUAGCGGAUACCUCUUGCUCGUUUCUUAUGUUUUAGUCCUAUUCUAGAGACAAAGACAUUGUGACUGUAUUUCUUUUCGUACUUCGAUAAUAAAUUAGUGGCUUGUACACGUGACAACCAAUCUUAGGGGAUGUUGAGUUUCUUUUACGUAUUUUCGCUUAAGUUAAAUUGUGAUUCUUUUCUUUUCUUCCGCAUCUACUUUUCGUUGGGUAUUAGGCUGACUCAUCUCGAUGGAUUGAGAUGAGUGCCAUCACACCCGGAUUCGGGUCGUGACAAAGAUGGUAUCAGAGCCCCAGGUUCAUAGGUCUCACGUGUAUACAAGCCAAGUUUAAGUAGAGUCUUGCGGAUCGGUACGGAGACGUCUGUACUUAUCUUCGAGAGGCUAUGAGGACUUUUAGGAAAUUUCCCCUUUGUUCUUUCACUUUGUAUCGUGCGUGUUGUGUUGGUACUGAAUUUUUGCGUGUUCCUUCUGACAGAUGGCCAGGACCAGAAUUACGACUAGAGGUAGAGGAAGAGAGGCACUUCCCGAGGUUAAUGUUGGAACCACAACUAGGGGUAGGGAUAGAGGCCGAACUAGAGGCCGUGGUCGGGGUGUGGCGGCAGGCAGAGGUCGUGCCCGAGGGGCGGCGCCAGCUAGAGGUCGUGCUAGAGAGGCUUCUCUUGAGCCACAGAUUGAUGGUAGAGAGGAACAGGUCCCUCAAGAGUCUGCUACUGCACCAUUGCUUCAGGCCACUUUGAUACGAGUAUUGGAUGCGCUCGAAGGAUUUAAUCAGAGUGUGAGGGUGAAUGGUACACCUGAGGGUUCUCAAACUAGAGCAAGAGCUCAGACCCCACGGCAGCAUCAGAUUCCAAUUGUUCGAGAUCCGGUGGACCAGCCACCUGCGGGCCCUAGAGCGGAUGAGGAUGGAAUACAGGUAGGAGGAGCCCAGGUUGCACCUGUGCUCAUGUUGACUGACGACGAGCAACGCCGAUAUGAGAGGUUCCGAAAAAUGGACCCUCCACAGUUUCAGGGGGGAAAGACUGAGGAUGCACACGAGUUCUUGACCAUGUGCCGAGAGUUGUUGGAGACAGUAGGGUUAGCUGAGACUCAUGGAGUUCGUUAUACUACACUACAGUUGCGUGGACCAGCCAGAGAGUGGUGGAGAGUGUAUACGAGUUCCAGACCAGUUGGGUCACCCCAGAUGACUUGGGAUGAGUUUGCUAGUGCCUUUUAUGACCGUUUCAUCCCCUGGAGUGUGAAGGAAGAGAGCCGAUUACGGUUUGAGAAUUUGAGGCAGGAAGGACUUACAGUUGCUGAAUAUGAGACUCGUUUCUACCAGCUGUCCAGACAUGCCAUGGCUGUCCUUCCUGAUGAGACAGAGCGGAUUCGCAGAUUUGUGCGAGGACUGAACUAUACUAUUCGUACAGCAGUUUUUCGACCGGCCCGUGAGGGCGCUUCUUUCCAGUCCAUUGUGGGUGCUGCCAAGGAGGCGGAGUUGAUGGAGAGAGAGGAGUUCGGGGACCCCAAGAGGGCCCGUGCUUCUGAUCAGUUUUCGGGUACCUCAUCUGGAGGUAGAGGGUCCUAUAGAGGAGGUGGUUCCUUUCAGCGUAGAGGGCCAGUUCAUGCAUCUAUGCCAGCUUCUGAGGAUGGUCAGACACCUCGUGGGUCAUAUAGUACAGGUCAGAGUUACCAGGGGUCGCAACAGAGGCAGAUGAGUCGGGGUAGUUAUACAAGUUCUGCAGGUUCAUCGCAGAGGUUUUCGCAUGGGAGAGUAUGCUAUACUUGUGGUGAUCCAGAUCAUCUUUCAUGGCAGUGUACAUCUCAGGGUCGAGGAGGAACCCAGCCUAGUUCUUCAGUUUUAGUUAGAGGAUCAGCACCGCCGGUCAGAGGUCGAGGUAGAGCCCAGGCUAGUAGAGGUGGUCGCACUCCUGGUAGGGGUGCUAGUGGUGCUAUAGUCCCUCAGGGAGGAGGUAGAGGUGUUGGGCAGGUCGGAGGUGGUAGGGGAGCUCAGUGUUAUGCUUUUCCAGGGAGACCCGAGGCUGAGGCUUCUGACGCCGUUAUCACAGUGAAGUUGGAUCCAGACUUGACAUUUGAGGAGGAACCUAUAGCCAUUCUAGAUAGGCAGGUUCGUAAGCUUAGAACCAAGGAGAUAGCUUCAGUGAAGGUACAAUGGAAGCACCGUUCCGUCGGAGAGGCGACUUGGGAAACAGAGGCUGAUAUGCGCGCUAGAUAUCCCCAGCUUUUCGAAGCUUCAGGUACCUCCUUUUUCUUUAUGUUCGAGGACGAACAUGAUUUUUAG